CAGUCCUCAGGAUUUGUGGAGCUAUUGGGGCCUAUUAUCACUUUCCUCAAAGAACGGGGGAACACUACAAGGAAUUUGGAGGGACAAAGAUGGCAGUGUGAUUUAGCUUUCCUUGCUGACAUUACUGCUUAUCUAAACGACCUUAAUUUGAGAUUGCAGGGAAAGAUGCAACUUGUUUCUCAGUUGACAAGUAACAUCAAUGCAUUUAUGACCAAACUAUCACUUUUCAAGUCCCACAUGCAAUCAGAGAACUUUACACACUUUCCACAUUGCAAGGCCAUGAAAGAGAAAUACCCACAUAUGAAGAUGGAUUACUCUGACCAAGUUAACACCCUCCUUACAUCAUUCAAUGAGAGGUUUGGUGAAUUCCAGAAAUACAAGAUCUACCUGCAACUUUUUUCAACUCCAUUUGAUGUGAAAGUGGAAGAUGCCCCUCCAGAUGUCCAACUUGAGUUGAUAGACAUCCAGUGCAGUGAUGAAUUGAAAUCACAGUUCAAAAAUUCUAAUCUCCUCACAUUCUACAAAGAACUGCCAGAUACAUCAUUUCCAAAACUGAAAGACAAUGCUCGAUUUUGUGCAAGCAUGUUUGGCAGUACCUAUGUAUGCGAACAAGCGUUUUCGCUUAUGAAUUUAAACAAGUGCAAAACACGGAACAGGUUAACCAACGAGAAUUUGGAAAAUCUGCUGGUUGUUUCAACAUUUGCCAUUACGCUAGACAUCAAGAAGAUUGCCGCCAGCAUCCAAUCUCAGCCAUCACAUUAAUCACUUGGAGGUCCGGCCCCCAGUCAGUAAACUUAAUCCUAAUUUGGCCCUUUUUCAGAAAAGGUUGUGCAUCCCUGCCUUUAGGGUCACAUGAUGUUUAUGCUAGAAUGUUAAGAUCAUUCAUAAAUAAUCACAUUUAAUAUUAAACAAAUUUAACUAUUACACUAUCUGCAAGAAUCACAAUGAACUUAUUCCUGUCACAUCCGUUAUCAAAUCAAACAGCAGUAACAUUAAUUAAAAUACGAAACGAGUUUAAUGUAUUAAUCUAUAAUGUUAAAUACAUGCAUUGAAAUAAUUCUGAUCAAAAUAGUAUUCAAAUUUCCUGAGAAAAUUAUAUUUCCAAAAUGAGAGAAAAUUAAAGGCAGCACAUCCUGUUCUGUUUGAGAUCCCUGUCAAAUGAGAAGGCUUGACUACCUUGUAAGUUUAAAAUUCCUAGGUGAUCUUGCUUAAUUUAAAUGACUUCUUGACAUUUUAAACUAGUUUAACUUUCCUAGUGUAAAUGUAUUAUUAGAUUAUAGAAUGAUGAUAGCUUUCAUUGUGUAAAAUAAUAAUAUAACUCCAACAAAGCCUUUAACCCUGAUGAGCUUUCUCAUUUGAACAGAAUGAAGCUAUUCCUGAUCAAUAUCCUAACAAAUGGAUUAUUUUAACACCAUUUCUAUAAUAGAGUUAACCUUUAAAUAGUGUAAUGAAAUAAUAUCACAGCAUUCAUCAAAUGAUGGUGUCAACUUGAAUUGAAAUGCAUUUUGUACAAACCUUAUUUUGACUAUUUGAGAUAAAUUUUACUCUAGCUAAUUACUCUGUCACAUAAACAUUGUAUUCAUAUGGUAAUGUGCUACAAAUGAUUAUUUCUGUGGUGUUCGGUAAUAUUCUAAGCAUUCUCAAUCAGAGCAAGUUUGAAAGAACUUGAACUUGUUUUAUAUGCAUUUUGUUUUGUAUUUGCUUAAAGCAAAAUACUUUU